AGUUUUCCGUACGGCAAGAUGGCCUCGUUACGCGGGGGGCGGCCAUGGGCGGCGAGCAGGAGGUGUCGUUGCGGCCGUUGGUGACGGAAAACGAGGCUCCUCCUCGGCGCCGGCCUCCCGGGGACUCCGGGCGGGCGAAGAAUGGAGGCGGCGGCGGCGGCGGCGGCGGCAGAAUGGCCCGCCAGCGGUAGCAGCGGCGGCAGCGCUCCCCUCCCGGCGCCGGUGUCCGAGCGGGAGCGGCGGGUGCGCGCCCUUAGCGCCGCCCUGAGGAACCGCCUCGGGCCUUACGAACCGCCGCUGAGCGCCCUGCAGGCCGUGCUGGUCUGGGAGAGGCCGGCCCGCAGCGCCCUCGGCUGGGCGGGAGCCCACGCGGCCUUCGGAUUUUUUGCUCUGACGUCUCUCCAUCUGGUAUUCUUGGUUGCUUUCAUCCUGAUACUUAUAGUGUGUUUUGAUCAGUGGAAGAAUAAAAUCUGGCCUGAAAUAAAAGUGGCAAGACCUGAUGAAUUAGACAGUGAGAGCUGGGGCUAUGUCCAUCCCCAACAUCUCAGUGUUCCCGAACUGUGUCACUAUUUGGCAGAAGGCUGGAUCACUGCAGACAGCUUCAUGAGGAGCCUGCUGGGUUUCAAAAGGCACAAUCCAGGCAAGUUCUGCCUACUAGCCUGUAGUGUCCUCACGUUUUUGGCUGUCUUGGGCCAGUACAUUCCUGGAGUCUGCCUUGCCUAUCUAACAAUGCUUACCUUCCUCCUGUGGCCUCUUGCUGUAUAUCACCACCUGGGUCAGCGCCUAUACACCAAACUGGAGCCAGCACUACAGCGGUUGGACUUCAGUGUUCGUGGUUAUAUGAUGUCCAAGCAGAAGGAGAGGAAGUUGCGUUACCAGAUGCUGAGGAAGCAUCCUACUGCCGGUGAUGAAAGCGACAGUGAAGAAGAGCUUGCUGCUUUCUGUCCUAAGCUGGAUGAUGCAGUGGUUGCUAAGGAGUUGGCUAUCACCGAUUCGGAACACUCAGAUGCAGAAGUGUCCUAUACUGAGAACGGAACUUUCAAUCUCUCGCGAGGCCAGACCCCUUUGACUGAGGGGUCAGAAGAUCUCGAUGGCCAUAGCGACCCUGAGGAAUCUUUUGCCCAGGAUCUUCCAGACUUCCCUUCCAUCAACCCUGAGAUGACGGGAAUAGAUGAUGAGGAUGACACCAGCAUCGGCAUCCCAAGUCUUGCCUUCCGUGCACAGGGCCAGGAAGAUCCGCGGCUCUCUUAUGACAAAGAGGAAAUGCCCUCAGAGUUCCUCCUGGGGGCAGUGCCAUCCACGCACAACCUAACAAAUGACUUAGCCGGCUUCAUGACCAGAGGGAUGAUCCAGCUGGCCUUGUCUGGGAGCUCCCCUUUGGGCUCCACAAGUGGCAACAGACAACAGCACAGUGCCAUGGCCUUCCUCCGGACCUCCAGCUCAGAGUUGGACACAGAUGCUGAAGGAGAUGACUUUGAACUGCUCGAUCAGUCAGAGCUGAAUCAGAUGGAUCCUGCAAGUUCCCGUGGGCAGUAAAACAAUAGACUUUUCUUCCUUUUUGUGGCUUUUCGGUUUUGUGGAGCAGAGAAGGACAUGGCCUGCCUAAGAGCAGGCUAGUGUUCUACUCAUGGUGGAGUGGCCUGGCUAGGUGAAUGUCAGAGGCAGCCUGAUUUUUAGAAUACACUCCUCCUAGGCACAUUCAGAAGAGGUUGGCUAGAGAACAAGCUGUGCUCUGUGCCACUUAGGUUGCUGUCUGUUGUGCUACUUACUCAAAGUCAAAAUCUUACCCUUACUGUUGUGGCUGUUCUUUUUAAAUAGGUUUACAAGAGAUCAUUAAGUUUCUCAGCGUAUCCUUAAUAGAACAGCAUAUCCUUAAUAGAAGGCAGGUGAAAAAACUUAAUGUCAUUUGAAAGCAGAGUACUGUACAAAGCACAUUUUAAACAAACAAAUGUGUUUGUACUCUAUGUGUAAGUUUUGAUACCACCUCUGGGAUACUGGAAACUGUUACUCUACCCCUAGAAAAUAUUUGAUUUGACUCCAAAUUCAUACCUUACAAUACCCUAGCAAGGCUUUCCCCCUACAAUACAUUUUUGAAAGAAGAUAUAAGUGCUGGGAUAGCCCUUUCCAUUUCAGUCCUUGAAAGGUGAGGCUGAAGCAACAUGCUAGUGGCUGGAAGAAGAUGGCCCUGUAGUCAGAGGUCAGUUCAGUCUUCUUCCUACUCCUCCAGCAGUUGCCAAAGUCUGUAUGUCUGUGGUAGCCAUGAACAUGCUUCUUCAUUGAGCAGGGCUUAGCCUCCAACUGGAGCAUAUUAUCCUUUUGGCAGGGACUGGUCAUUUGAACUCAUCCAGCAACUGUGGUUUUUGAACCUCCUGAGCUUGAGCACUCUUGGGUGGCUCCUUGUUAUUCAAGACAGCCAUACUGAUAAUGUAGGAAAGUUAAGCUACUUGCUGAGAAUCACAAAUAUCAACUGCUAAUAGAAUCAGGUGUGCAGGAACUACUGUCUACAUGUCUCCUGCUCUCCCAAAACACGUACAGUUUUCCAAAGAGGACAGAAAAGUGGGCCUUCAGCACUUAAGGAUGUCUCAGAAGAAAGAAGUUGGUACUACCAACUGGAGUAUGAUGCACCUUUAUUUCUUGGGGUAAUCUCUAAUGUUAUGGCAAGCAGAUUUGUAUUAACCACUUAGAACAAUUUAAAACCCCAAUUUAAAAUUGGUGAUUUGGGAAUUCCUGUUCUUAGUUGCACUGCCUGCAUUGCUGGGCGAUGGUACCACAUUCCUGAAGAUCAAGCUGUUUCCAAAUGAUAUCAGAAUCUUAAGAUCAAUUUGGCACUGAUCCUGUUCACAACACUGUUGUCCUGUUUCUCCUUGUUUCAGUAAGAUUGGCAUGGGUUGUUUUCCUUAACCAGCAUGUUAGACCUGCAAAAGAUGACAGGCCUCCAUGAGAAAGUAUACACUGUGGAGAUGCUACUGCUAGUAAGUUUACAAUUCUGGUGCUCCAUCUCCUGUAUAGAAUUGCAUAUAUAAACAUUUUUUUAGGUUUGUAUGCAAAACUAUUAGAAUGGACCCCUGAAAAUUCUGCUUAGUACAAAGCCAUUCUAGAGACCCUCUGUAAUUACAAGAGAUUUGUGUGAAUGCUAUGGUACAUUUUAAAGCUUGUAUCCACCAGCCUGUAAUUAUUUGUGAAUCUGCUGAACUGAACCAUUUUUAAGACUUUCUAUCGAGCUAGAGAGCUUGACUCUCUAGUUGCAUCCUAAUUUGCACCAUCUUUUGGGCUCAGAGUAGAAGUUUAACCUUUUGACAGCAUUUGCAGACUUUUGCAAUACACUGUCUAUCGAGUCCUUGGCUAGGCAGUAAUGUGAUGGUAUAAAUGCUAUAUGCCUAACAGAUCCUUGCAGAAGAAUCUUGGGUGGUGCUUUGUAAAUUGCUUCAUUUGAUAGCAUUUGUGUGGUGACAUCAUGGUAUUAACUGCCAUUUCUUGUGUUUACAAGUGGCCAGCAUUGUGAGUGUUUAUAGGUCAAUUUGUCAUAGUACAGGGUUUUAAAUUUUUUUUUUUACAUAAAAAGCUAUUAACUUUGAGGUGGGUAAUUGACUUUAUCAGAUUUUGUGGUUUGUGGAUUCAAACAGAAUUCUAAUGCAAUAACACCACACAUUCUCCACUGUAUCGAUAGUGAGAUAUUUCAUUUUUGUCAAGUGUUUUUCCUCCCUAAUUUGGUGCAAAAUAAAGAAUUUGAAACAAA